AUGAUCAACUCAUCACCAGACUACACCAUAACAAAACCAGGUGUACGGCCUCUGUCGCGCAAGCGUGACAAGCUGCGCACAUACGGCAGACAGGCAACAGCGACACCAGAGCCUCGAUCAGAACCUCUAGCCAAGAGGGCCCGAACGGCAUAUGCCAUCCAUGAUGAUGAUAACAAGAACGUAAAGCCGCUCGACAUUGUCGUGGCCAAAGACGAUGCACCUACAGUGGUCCCGAUCUUCAAAGCAAACCCGCCACCGGCCAAGGAAGACCAGGAGAACCAGCCACCGUCCAAGCCUGAGCCCAACGUUCCUGCGAAGCGAUCGAUUCUGAAUUACUUCAAGCCCGUCACGACUCAUCUCACGCCAAUAAAGCCCGCCAAGACAAACACCCUACCAGACGCAGAGCCGGCCGAGGAAAAGCAGGUGGAAAGGAAGGUGCAACCGCCAUCACGGCCCAAGAAGCGAGUGUUGCGAAUUCGGUCGAACCAGUCUAUCGGCUCCGGUGAUGAUGAGUGUGGAAAUUAUGGACACCACCGCGCAAACGGCGGCUAG